CACGCCUCAACGCUUGACCAUAACCAAUGGAAAUCGUGAGCAACCUCAAAAAGAUCUACCACGAAUCUAGAAUGGGCAACGCAAAUUCAGCGCCAACUGUAGGGCAAAAGCGAAAGCGGCCAAACUUCUUGGCAAUUGACCAAAGCCUUAUUGGGAUAACCAUUGGUGACGAUGAGGAAGAGAAGAAGUCGUUCAUGCUACACAAAGAUCUCCUCUGCGCACAUUCACGCUACUUCCGCAAUGCCUGUGAAGGACUACUAUCCGAAGACGAAGCCCUCACCAUCCACCUCCCAAACGUCUCGGAAUCCACCAUCAAGCUGUUCCAGUUCUGGCUCUACGGCCAAGCCACCCGCGAAGAACCCAAGCGCGCAAUCAAGCGCGCAAAACACACACUCCCCCCAAAAGGCAAGGAAGUCAUCGACCUCGACGCCCCCGGCCCCGCGGACCACCACGCCGCCCCCUUCCCGCCCCCAGACGCCGACGACGACGUGCUCCCCGCAGACGACCUCUUCAACACCCGCCGCACCCCGAAAUGGAUCGACACGCCCGAAUUCCUCUUCGACACGAACCACCAGUACCUGCGCGUCUUCAUCGGCCUCAGCACACUCGCGCACACAUACGACAUCCCGCAGCUGUCCAGCGACUGCAUGACGCUGCUGGUGGAGCUGCAGAACUACAACCGCGACAAGCGCGGGCACCGCGACCUGUGGCCGCCGUACGCAGAGCUGUACGCGGGCCUGCCCAGCCCCGCGCCGCUGUGCCGCUACCUCGUCCACGAGGCCGCCGUGUACCGCGACCUAACCAAGAUCAAGCGCGCGAAACUCGAUGAUCUGCCGAAGGAUUUUCUGGUCGAUAUGCUGCUCACGACCACCCCGCUGAAGCGCGUCUCGCGGCUCAAGCUCAAAGAAGAGCUACGGGAUAGCUGCGUGUUCCACGCGCACGCGGGCGCGGCCGCGGCUGCGCUGUGCAGGAAAAGACAGCAGCGGGAUGGCGCGUUCUACGCGGCGUUUCUGCGCGCGUGCAUGAGCGAGGUGUAUGCGGCGGAGGAGGACGGGGCGCAGCACUGGGACGGCGAGAGCGAGACGACCGAGGUGCUGCAGCAGGAGAUGUUUGCGCUGGAGGGCGAGAGCGAGGUGUGUCGCGAGUGGGACUGGGAUAAUGAGGAUACGUUGCGGGUUAGUGAGGGCGAGGAGAGUGGGUGAGUAGAGUGGUGAUUUGGAUAGAGAGGAAGAGGGGAUGGCGAAUGUUGUUCUUGUAUGAGGGGCGUUGGCUUGUGAGGUUCACGCCAGCGGUUUGCUGCGCUUGGAGAUUUGGAUACAGAGGCAUCUUGGCCGCACCUUUGGCAUCUUGCAUUAGCGUUAGUCCUGCGUAGACGCAGAAUGAUAGA